AUAACGACUCGUCGACUGUGUGAAGAGCCGUCUUUUAUCCAACUUCUCCGGGGUGGACGAUUCCCAAUAUAUUUAAAAAAUAGUUUUGUCCAACACAGAGAAGAGAACCAAUCAUGGAGACAACAACCACUCCUCUUCUCCCCGGCCGAUGCGGGUGGCUCCGCCGUCGUCUCCGCCUCAAGAACCCUCUUUCCUCUGAACUCUCAGGUGCCGUCGGUGAUCUUGGCACCUUCAUCCCCAUCGUCCUAACCCUGACACUAGUCUCGAAUCUCGAUCUCUCCGCCACUCUCAUCUUCACAGGAUUCUACAACAUCGCCACAGGCCUCCUCUUCGACAUCCCUAUGCCCGUCCAGCCCAUGAAAUCCAUCGCCGCCGUCGCCGUCUCCGAGACCCCGCAUCUCACCCCUUCUCAGAUCGCCGCCGCCGGAGCAUCCACCGCCGCCACGCUCCUCCUCCUCGGCGCCACCGGAGCCAUGUCUUUCCUAUACAACAUCAUCCCUCUCCCGGUGGUACGAGGCGUCCAGCUUUCUCAGGGUCUUCAGUUCGCCUUCACCGCCAUCAAAUACGUCAGGUAUGAUUACGACACUGCCACUCUCAAGCCCUCCUCUUCUCCCCGCUCCUGGCUCGGCCUCGACGGCCUUAUCUUGGCUCUUGCUGCUCUUCUCUUCAUCAUUUUGUCCACCGGCUCCGGCACCGACAGAGACUGCGCCGGAGAUGGAGAUUUCGCCGAGAGUUCCAGCAACGAAACGCAAUCUCGCCACCGGAGGAGACUGCGUUUUCUCUCUUCGAUUCCAUCUGCGUUAAUUGUCUUCCUUGUCGGGUUAGUGCUCUGUUUCAUACGCGAUCCUUCCAUCUUCAAAGACCUUAAAUUUGGUCCGUCAAAGUUCAAGAUCCUGAAAAUCACUUGGGAGGAUUGGAAGGUCGGGUUUGUAAGGGCGGCGAUUCCUCAGAUUCCACUCUCUGUGCUUAACUCUGUGAUCGCUGUCUGUAAAUUAUCCAAUGACUUGUUCGACAAGGAACUAUCAGCUACUACAGUCUCCGUAAGCGUUGGUGUGAUGAACUUAAUCGGGUGCUGGUUUGGCGCAAUGCCGGUUUGUCACGGUGCUGGUGGUUUAGCUGGGCAGUAUCGGUUCGGCGCAAGGAGUGGUUUGUCGGUUAUCUUUCUGGGUGUAGGGAAACUGAUUGUGGGUUUGGUGUUUGGGAACUCUUUUGUGAGGAUUCUGAGCCAGUUUCCGAUUGGAAUACUGGGGGUUCUCUUGCUGUUCGCAGGGAUCGAACUUGCCAUGGCUUCCAAAGAUAUGAACACGAAAGAAGAUUCGUUUAUCAUGCUGGUCUGCGCUGCCGUGUCAAUGACAGGCUCAAGCGCAGCCCUAGGGUUUGGGUGUGGCGUUGUUCUUUACUUGCUACUGAAGCUAAGAACGCUAGACUCUUCCUCGGUUGCUCUGUUUUCCCGGUCAAAUGAUGAUUCCGAAACAGCUUCUCAUGUGGCCUAACUUACCUUGAGGUCUGAAUAUUCAAAAUUUGAUGGCAGCCAAUUCGUCUUUCUCUCAGUUGCUGCCUCAGCCUCAAUUCAACCUUAGCUCAUUCUGUUUGCAAGGUUGGAACCCUUAUCGCUCUGUUUUUACGCGGUCCCUUGAUUUUUAAAUUCCAAGAGUGUAUUGUUUCGAUUUUGCGCAAAGAAUGUUAAACCCUUAACCAAUAUGUUUAUAUAAUAAAAGUGUAUAAAUUAAGAAUC